AUGAUUGAAAGUCAAAGGGAAUUUAAUUGUAUUGGUGGUGAUAAUCAGAAUGGUGUCGCAGUUAUUGGUGUAGGUUUUAAAAUCCCAUUAGAUCUAGAAAAUUGUUUAUCAAGUCCAAGUGAAUUAUAUUCAGCAUUAUUUAAUGAAUUUGAUAGUGUAACAAAGAAUACAAGUUCACGUUGGUCUGAUAACUAUUUUAAAAAUGGUGAUAUUGUUAGUCUUAGUGCAGGUUUAUUACCACUCAGAGAAAUUAAAUCAUUUGAUCCAACUUUUUUCGGUAUUAAUCCAUCCGAUGCAGAUUUAAUUGAUCCUCAACAAAGAUUAUUAUUAAAAUGUGUUUGGAAUGCAUUAGAAGAUGGUGGUAUUGACCCAAUCAGUAUUCGUUCAUCAGAUACUAGUGUCUACAUUGGUUGUUCAACUAUUGACUAUUUUCUUUUAAAUAGAAAUCCUGUUGAUCCUCAUAAUCAUGGUAUUCAAACCGCAAGUUAUUCAAUUCCAAAUAGAAUAUCAUAUUGCUUUGAUUUUAGAGGUGAAAGUUUGUUUGUUGACACUGCAUGUUCAUCAUCACUAAAUGCAGUUCAUCUUGGUUACAAUUCAAUUAUAAAUUUAAAAUCAAAAUUAUCAAUUGUUGGUGGUUCCAAUUUAAUUUUAGAUCCACAAAAUAGUAUUUUUUUUUCUAAACAACAGGUGAAUGGUCCAAGUGGUAAAUGUAAUAGUUUUUCAGAAGAAGCAGAUGGCUUUGUUCGUAGUGAGACAGUUGGUGUAGUAGUAUUAAAGAAUUUAAAAGAUGCAAUUAAAGAUGGUGAUAGAAUUUAUUGUGUAAUUCAAGGUUCAAAUUCAAAUGUUGACGGAAAUUAUGAAAAAUUAAAUUAUAUUUCACCUUCAAAAUUAUCACAAGCUGAAAAUAUUACCAAAGCAUUAAAAUCAACAAAUGGUGCGGUGAAUGCAUCUGAUAUUGAUUAUUUCGAAUGUCACGGUACUGGUACACCAACUGGAGAUCCAAUCGAAUUAGAAGGUAUAUCAAUUGCAUUAAAUAGAACUCAACAAUCUACAACAUUAUCAAAUCCACUUUUAAUAGGUUCAAUUAAAUCAAAUAUUGGUCAUGGUGAGGCAAGUAGUGGUAUAGCCAGUUUAAUUAAAUGUUGUGUAAUGUUUAAAUAUCGUCAAUUUUUACCAAAUAUUAAUUUCAAAACACCAAAUCCAUUAAUCAAAUUUAAAGAAUGGAAUUUAAAAGUUGUAACUGAACCAGUUCCAUUCAAUAAUAAUAAACAAACUAUUAUGGCAAUUAAUAAUUUUGGUGUUUCUGGAUCAAAUUGUUGUAUUAUUUUAUCAGAAUAUAAAAGUAAUAACAACAAUAAUAAUGAUUUUAAAGCAACAACACAUUUAAAAUCAAAGAAAUUUAUUAUACCAUUUUCAUCAAAUUCCUCAACAUCAUUAGACAAUUAUAAAUCAUUACUUUCAAAUGAAACAAAUAAUUUUCAAGAUUUUGUUAUUAAACAAAUUAAUAAUAAAUCAACAUCAUUAAUUCAAAGAUCAGUAAUCAUUGCAAGUAAUUGGAGUGAAUUUAAUGAGUCAUCAAAUGAAAUUCAAUCAAAUAUUAAAAAAUCAAUUAUAUCUAAUAUCACAAUUAAAAAAAAGAAUGCAGUUACAGUAUUUGUAUUUUGUGGUCAAGGUUCGCAAUAUAAUAAAAUGGCAUUAUCAUUAUAUGAAAAUGAACACAUUUUCAAAUCAACAAUGGAUAAAUUAGAUAAAGAACUAUCCAAACACUAUGGGUAUUCAAUUUUAGAAAAAUUAAGAUCAAUUACAGAUGAAGAUUUAGUAACAAUUCAUCAACCAAUUUUAGCAAUUCCAGUUAAUGUAAUGGUUCAAGUAUCUCUAUAUGAAUUGUAUAAACAUUGGGGUAUUAAAUCAGAUAUUAUGGUUGGUCAUUCGUUUGGAGAAAUCGCUUGCUCUUAUUGCUCUGGUAUGGUUGAUUUUAAAACAUUAUGUUAUUUAACAUACCACAGAUCAGUAGCUCAGAAUAAAACAAUUGGAUCAGGUAAAAUGUUAUCAAUUAAUAUUGGUGCUAAAGAAUACUUGGAUUCUUAUUCAACUAAAUAUCCAUCGGUAGAAAUCGCAUGUUAUAAUAGUGAAACAUCAAUCGUUAUUGCAGGCAAUGAAGAAUUAUUAAAUGAAAUUUCAAAAGAUUUAAAAUCAAAAGAUAUUUUUACAGCAAUGUUACCAUCAUUAUCAGCAUUUCAUACAACACACCAAUCAGUUAUUAAAGAUGAUAUUUGCUCAUUGAAUUUUAAAUCGACAUUAUCAAAAAUAACAGUAUUUUCCACAGUCACAUCUAAUCAGUUUGGUAUUAAUAAUAAUAAUAAUAAUAAUAAUAAUCAACUUAAUUCAAAUUACCUUUUUCAAAAUGUUAUUCAACCAGUUAAAUUUAGUGAGACAAUAUCAAAUAUAUAUAAAUACAUUGAAUCAAAUGAUAUGGGUAAUGAAAUAACAUUUAUUGAAAUUGCACCACACCCAACAUUACAAUAUUAUUUAAAUCAAAUGAAGUCACAACAAUCAGAAUACUUUAAUAAUGGUGAAAAGAUUUCAAUCUAUUCAGCAUGUAAUAAAAAGAAGAAUGAUUAUAAUGAAUUUUUAAAAACAAUUUCAACAUUGUUUGUAAAUGGUUAUAAUAAUAUUAAUUUUAAAUCUCAAAUUAUUAAUAAUAAUAAUAAUGAUAAUAAUAAUAAUUUUAAUUUACCAUUAUAUCAAUGGGAUGAUAAUGAAUAUUAUAAAAUUCAUCCAACAUGGAAAAAAGCAAAUAAAAAUGGACCAUCAAUUAAUCAUCUUGGAAAUCUAAAUGAUUCUUCAAUUAAAUCAUUUAAAACCUAUAUUAAUACAAGAAAACCACAAUUCCAAUGGUUAAAAGGUCAUUCUUUAAAAGGAAAAGUUGUAUUCCCUGGUAUGGGUUAUAUUUCAAAUUUACUCUCAGUUUAUAAUAUGAACCAAGAUAUUACAAUUAAUGAAAUUCAAUUCAAAAGUGCAUUUAUUUUAGUCGAUGGUGUUAAUAACUGUUUAGAGACAUCGAUUGUACCAUUAACAAAGAAUGAAUUCAAUAUUAAAUUUCAUUUUAAAGAUUUAAAAACAAAUAAAUGGGUAUUAUGUGCAAAUGCUAAUUAUAGUUUAUUUAAACAUAAUGAUAAUAAUGAUAAACUUGAUAUUGAAAAAUUAAAAUCUAAUUGUAAUUAUACAAUAAUUUCAAAAGAUGAAUUAUAUAAUAAUAUUAGAGCUAAAAGUGGAUUGAUUUAUAAAGGUUUAUUUCAAGGUGUUAAAGAAGCUUUCAUUGGUAAUAGAUGUUCGUUAACAGUUUUAUCAUUAAAUGAAAUUGAAAACCAACAAGAGUUUAAACAUUUAUUAGAGAAUAGAAACUUCAAUUCAUUAUUUAAUACAGCAAUUUUAGAUUCAUGUUUACAUGGUUCACUUCACUCAAAAGAACAAUCUCAAAUUUAUUUUGACAAAUGUGAAGGUUUUAAAUAUUAUUCAAACAAUAUUAAUUUAGCAACUUCGAAAAGAAAUGAGUACAAAGAGAUUAAUGUUUAUAUUGAAACGAAUCCCGUGAUCAAUUCAACAGUUAUUGUAAGUUUAAAAAUUAUGUUACCAGAUGGAACAUUAUUAAUUGAAAUUCAAAAAGUAGUUUGUAAAUCAUCAAUACCAAUUAUUGAUAGUACCUCAGUUAUUCAACCAUCACCAAAAGAUUUACACACACCAUAUUAUCAACCAAAAAACUCAUUAAUUAAACCACCACAAUCAUUUAAACAUUUACAUUGUAUGAAAGAAUUUGCAAGUAUAGAAUCUGAUAAUAGAGAAAUGGUGUAUAUGUCAAUUUAUCAUUUAAUUUUUAAAGCCAUCAAUGCUAGAUCUCCAACAAAAAUCAAUUUAGAAUCCCUUGAAAAUUUAACAUUAGAUCAAUUUAAAGAAUUAAUAAAAGACAGUGCAGCAAAUAUUCAACGUUCCAAUCAAUUUAUAUAUGAAUGUUUAAAACUAUACCAUACAAAUCAUUCAAAUUAUAAAAAAAAUCAAAUUAAAGAUUUUAUUAAAGAAUGUGAAGAUUUUAAUGGAUAUAAUCAAAUAAUUUUUAAAACAAUUAAAAUCUAUGCAAAAUCAUUAUUCCCAUUACCAGAUGACGAUCCAUUUACAGAUACAAUUCAAUCAUUGUUUGAAGAUGAUCAAUUAGAAAACGUUUACAUCCAUUUAAAACACCUUUAUCCAGUAAACAAUUUAUUAAGUGAAAUCGUUUUUCAAUCAAUUAAACCAAUAAUAAAUCAAACAUCAACAUUUAGAAUUUUAGAAAUAGGAGCAGGUUAUGGUACAAUCUCACAAUUAAUAUUUGACAAACUCGAACAACUAUUAGCAGAUAAUUUCACAUCAUCAAGAAUUGAUAUAGAAUAUACAUUUACUGAUAUUUCAAAUACUUUCUUACCAAGAGCAAAAGAGAGAUAUUCAAAAUAUAAAAGAUUCAACAUAAUUUACAAACUCUUAGAUUUAGAACUUCCUUUAACAGAGGGAAUUCAAGAUUUUAGACCAUUAUAUUAUGAUAUAGUUGUUAUGUCAAAUGUUUUACAUGUUGUAAAAGAUAUUAAUUUCAGUACAAAUGAAAUCUAUAAAGUUUUAAAACAAAAUGGUCAAUUAAUAUUUGUAGAACCAACAUAUAAAAAUUUAUAUCUUGAUACUAUAUUUGGCAUAUUUCCACAAUGGUGGUCAUUUAAUGAUGAUAUUAGAACUGAUAGAUGUUGUCUUGAACCUUCAAAAUGGUUUGAAUUUUUAGAAACAAUUAAUUUUAAAGAUACAAUUAUUUUGGGUCAAGAUAACAAAGAAAUCUUGAAAAAUGUUGAAAAUUCAAUAAUAUUAGUACAAACUAGAAAACCAUCACAACUUGAAUUAUCGAUAAAUAAUUCACCAUCAACCAACCAAUUCAAAUCUUUUGAAAACAUAAUAUUAUAUACUGAUGAUAACCAACAACCAAAUGAUUGUAGUGAAAUUAUCGAUUUAUUAAAAUCAUUAGAACUACCAAUUAAAAUAAUUAACAAUAUAGACCAAUUUAAUCAAAUUAUUAAAACACAAUAUAAUAAUAAUAAUAAUAAUAAUAAUAAUAAUAAUAAUAAUAAUAAUAAUAAUAAUAAUAAUACUAAUAACAAUUUAAUAAUAUUUUUAAAAUCAGUUAAUCAAUUAAAUACUAAUAAUUAUAAAGAUAUUACAUUUGAAUAUGUUCAAAUCAAUCAAAUUUUAGUAAAAUUAGAACUUGAAGAAAAUUAUAAAUUAUUAUUAAUAACUAAUAAUUCUCAAUCAAGUAAUUAUUUAUCAAAUUCAUUAAUUGGUACAUCAAGAUAUUUAUUUGCAGAUAUAGUAUCAUCAAAAUUAGAUAUUAUUACAAUUGAUUUCGAUACCGUUUCAAUUAAGAACCAUCAAAAUGUUAUAUCAGUUAUUAACCAUUUAUUAGAUUCAAAAGAUAAUAGUGAAAGAGAAUAUUAUAUUAUUAAUAAUGAAAUUAAUAUUGAAAGAUAUAAAAAUGAAUCAAAUAUUAAACAUCAAUUAAAAUCAAAAACCUUUCAAGAAAAUAAAGAUGAAUUAAUGGUACAAUUAGACUCAAAUUUAGAAUAUAGAUUAAAAUCAAAAUCAAAACAAGAAUUAAAAUCAACUCAUGUUGAAAUUCAAGUUAAAGCAAUUGGAAUUAAUUAUAAAGAUUAUGCAACUUACAGUGGUUUAAUCGAUUCAAUCAUAGAAAUUGAUAAAGAUAAAGAAAAGGAUGAAAAUUAUGACCAAAAUUAUCCAAGUAUUGGUAAUGAUUUUAGUGGUGUAAUUACAAGAAUUGGUAGUGAUGUUAGAAAGUUUAAAGUUGGUGAUGAAGUAUGUGGUUUAGCACCUAAAACAUCCGCUUCACAUAUUAUCACUGAAGAAGGUUAUCUUUGUAAGAAACCAUCAAACAUUAGUCACUCUGAAGCUGCAUCAUCAGUAACAGUUUACACAACAUCAUUUCAAAGUAUUUAUAGCAUUGGUGAUUUAAAGAAAAAUGAAACCAUAUUAAUUCAUUCAGGUAGCGGUGGUAUUGGUUUAUCUGCAUUGGAAAUAUUAAAAUGGAAAAAUCAUCAAGGUUACAUAUUUGCAACUGUAGGCUCUGAAGAUAAAGUUAAAUAUUUAACAGAUACCUAUGGUUCAUUCAUAACUGGUAUAUAUUCAUCCAGAGAUAAGGACUAUCAAGAUCAAAUUAAAGAGAAAUUAAAAUCAUUAGGUUGCGAUAUCGAUCAUCAAGGAGUAGAUCUAAUAUUGAAUACACUAUCAGUAGAGUACAUGGAUUCAAAUUUUAAAUGUUUAAAUCAAAAAGGUAGAUGUAUUGAUCUUUCAAUCACUCAUUUAACUCCAUUUGAUUAUAUGGAUUAUAAUAAAUUCAAAUUCAAUGUUUCCUAUGGUAAUAUUGAACUUGUUGUAUUACCAUCCAAAAUUAUUAAAGAUCAUUUAAAAAAGAUGCUUAAAGCCUUUUCAUUAGGUAGUUUAAGAUUUAUACCUAUUGUUGAAUUUUCAAAUUUGAAUAUAAGAAAUGCAGUCGAAUACAUUAAUCAACGUAAACAUAUUGGUAAAAUUGUAGUAAAGAAUGAUGUUGAUUUUAUAAAUAAAUUAUUUAUUGAACAACAACAACAACAAAACUCUGUUGAAAAUAAUGAAAUUUUAAUGAAAGAUAAAUAUGAUAUUUCAAAUUUAGAACUUGGUAAAAAUAUAUUAUUAACUGGUCAAACAGGUAUUAUUUUAACUAUAUUAAAAUGGUUAUAUAAACAUUCAAAUAAUUCAAUUGAAAAUAUUAUUAUAAUUUCCAAAUCAAAAUUAAAAUGGGAAUUAGAAUUAUUUAUAAAUGAAUCAACUAAUAAUAGAAUUAAAAUUCAUUAUAAACAAGCUGACGUUGGUAAUAAUAAUGAAUUAAAUCAGUGCUUUGAAGAAUUAAGAUUACGACAUUCAAUUGAAGAUAUUAAUUCAAUUUUCCAUUUUGCAUUUAUUAAUGAUAUUGGUCAAUUUGAAGAUGUUAAUAUGAAUCGUAUGGAUAUCGCUCAUCAUGCUAAAGCAAUUGGUUCACUUAAUUUACAUAACCAAUCUAUUGAACGUAAAUGGAAUAUUAAACAAUUUGUAUUGGCAUCUUCGGCGUUAUCAGUAUUUGGUGGAGACAACCAAUGUUGUUAUAUCAGUGCUUGUUCAGUUUUAGACUCCUUAUCAAAGUAUAGAAAAUCAAUUGGUCUUCCAUCUUUAUCAAUUAACUUUGGUGGUGUAACAUCAACUGGUUUCGUAUCUCGUAGUGGUGCUGUCGAAGCUAACCUUGAAAGUUCUAUUAUCAAUUUAAUUACACCACAAUCAUUAAUUUCUUCAUUGGAUUUAUUUAUUCAAAACUCUCAAACCUUUUCAAACUAUACUCAUUUCAAUUUCAUAUAUGAUAAUAUAGAAUCAUAUUCACUCAACAGAAUGUUAUUUAAAUUUGACUAUUUAAUCAACCAACAUUCCUCAUUAGUUUCAAAUAAAAGAUUAGGUGGAAUAAAUGAAAAUAAUAAUAUUGGUGAUUUAUUAGUAUCAAAAAUUGGUGAACUUUUAUCAAUUGAGCCAUCAAAAUUGAAUUUAGAUUUUAGAUUAGUUGAUUAUGGUUUAGAUUCAUUGGUUAUCGUUCAACUUAAAAAUUUUAUUGAUAAACAAUUCCAACCUCAUUUAAUUUCAAUUUUACAAUUACAAAAUAAUAAAAUCUCAACAACAAUAGAAAUUAUAAUCAAAGGAUAUAAUAAUAAUCAAAAUAAAAAAAUUAAAAAUGAACAAUCAAAUGACAUUCCAAGUGUAGUUCAAAAAGAAACUAUCAAAGAUAACAAUGAAAAUAAAGACGAUAUAAAAAUCGAUAUGGAUGAUAAAAAAGAAAAUUUAAAAGGUAAAAAAGAGAAUAUUGAUGACAAAAAAGAAAAUAACAAUUAG